UUUAUUUUUGUUCAACAACUCUCUAGGGGGAUUCAAACAUUAAACGAUUGGAGUAUCCCCCGGUCGGAAGAUUCGGUUGUUGUCAAGAUGUUUGCUUCACCACUACAGCAAGAAAACCGGUUCGGUCGUUCCGACCAUCGUUCAACGCACACUAGGGUGCCAGGCCGAAAAUACCUCAUCCAACUUGCUGUUGGCGUGUCAAGCAUUUUGCAGUCCAUUUCCAACCGUGACCGAACGAGGAAGACAUCGUCGUAAAGCGCUAUGGCCCCGAUUGUGUUGUAUAGUACGCGCCGUACGCCGGCCGGCAGAGCCGUGGAGCUGACCGCGAAGUUGCUCGGUUUGGAGCUAGACGUGCAGUACAUCGACCUCACGAAGAAGGAACAAUUGACGCCCGAAUUCCUGAAGAUGAAUCCAAUGCACACGGUCCCGACGGUCAACGAUAACGGUGUGCCACUGUACGACAGCCAUGCCAUCAUUAUCUACCUGGUGUCCAAGUACGGCAAGGACGACAGUCUCUACCCGAAGAACGAUCUGGUCAAGCAGGCGAACAUCAACGCGCUGCUUCACUUCGAAUCGGGCGUCCUGUUCGCUCGGUUGCGUUGGAUCUUGGAACCGGUAUUCUACUGGGGACAGACGGAGGUACCGCAGGAGAAGAUCGACUUGGUGCUGAAGGCCUACGAACUGCUGGAGGCCACCCUGACGAACGGUGGAUCGGAUUAUCUCGUCGGAAGCACGAUCACGCUGGCGGACGUCAGUGUUAGUACGUCACUGAGUACCCUGAAUGCCCUGUUCCCGGCCGACGCCACCAAGUACCCGUCGGUGGUGGCCUACCUGAAGCGCCUGGAGCAAACGUUGCCGAACUAUAAGGAGAUCAACACUGACCGUGCGAACGAAGCGCUUCAGCUGUAUAAUCAAAAACUGGGCAAGGCAUAAGCUUCACACUAUAAAACCUUGUUUUAAAGGGAAUUUCGGGCCAUUAAUAAAGAUAACACAUCUUGCA